UUGUCAGAGACUGAAACCGGAUCUUGACAAACAAAAUACACGAACAUGGAAACUAGAAUCGGAUCCACUGAAGGAAAUCUAAAAUUUACUUAAUAAACAGAAAGGGUAGCUACUGCCCUCGACUUAAAUGACAAUUUUAGGCAGAAAACUGGUUGGUAUUUGGGAUAUGAUUUUCAUCACGUCAGCUUAGUUUUCUUUCUUCAAUUGAGGACUGUGAACUCGCACAGCCACAUUGCAACCCAAAUAUAGCAACAAGAUAACAAAAAAAUGACGCAAAUUAUUCCGAGCCAAUUUAAGGCGUUGUUAAAUUCCGUUCGGGAAAGUACAUUCCUCCCUGGUGUGGCAAAGAUCCCGCAGAUGCAACGGAUGAUAAUUUCCAUGAUAUCAGUUAUAAAUAACACAAUCACAAUAACGCAGUGGCAAUUUACGUUUCACUGACGGUCUUCAUCGAGUUAUUCCCGCAAACAGUCAGUUAACUAUCGUCUGAGGUAUCAUCAUGGAAGGACGCGGUAAGUUCGUCUCGGUUUUGGCGUUGAUUCUCUUCGUCGGUCCGUCCGUCGUCAGGUUUUCUGGAGUGGAUGCAGCGAUGUGUGGAUGCCCGCCGCUAUGGACGGGCUUUAAUGACAAUUGUUACAGAUACUUUUCUUCAGAGAACAUGACCCAUUUUGAUGCCGAGCUAGCCUGCCAAACUUUCACUACACCAUGUGGCGAGGAAACCUCUUCAAGUUCUGUGGGUCACCUUGUUUCUAUCCAUUCCCAAGACGAGAUGGACUUCAUCUCUGUCAUGUACGAGACACUAAGAUCCAAAAGGCCGGGGCUAGGCACACGGGUGUGGAUCGGCCUACACGAUCGCGCUCUGGAAGAUUCUCCGGAUUGGACGGAUGGAACGCAAUACGAUUAUUCAAACUGGGCACCUGGCCAGCCUAACGAUCAAAAUGGAGCAAGUGAUUGCGUCUUCUUUUCUAAACAUCAACUUUACAAGUGGAAUGACAUUGCAUGCGGCGUUUCUAGCCGUAUCGAAGCUUAUAUCUGUAAGAUUCGACAGUGGUAAUUUGUGUACCACAAUGGCAGUAGACAGCGGGGGGGGGGGGGG